AUGGGGAUACACAAAUCAGUCAGAGAAGAUGAAAAUAAUCAUCACGCAAUCAAAAUUUGGGAAGUGAACAGAGAUCGAUUGGCUCUGAUGCAACAAAAAAUAUCUGAUUCGCCGUCGAUACUCAGCUGCUCAGCAGGACGGAGCUCCUGCUGCAUAUUUAGGGUUCCGCAAAGCCUAAUUGACAUCAACGGCCAGUGCUAUCAGCCGCAGAUAGUAUCAAUUGGUCCUUACCACCAUGGAAAACCCCACCUCAAAAUGAUCGAAGAGCAUAAAUGGAGGUUCCUCGGAACUUUACUGAACCGCACCCAGAGCAAAGGCCUAACUUUAGAGGAUUAUUUGAAAGCCGUACAGAUACUGGAGAAGGAAGCCAGACAGUGUUACUCUGCAGUUAUAAGUUUAAGUACCGACGAAUUUACUGAAAUGUUGGUUCUUGAUGGCUGUUUUGUGAUUGAACUUUUCAGGAGAAUUGGUGGGGUGGUACCAAUUGAGGGUGAUGAUCCACUAUUUUGUUUAUCAUGGAGGGAUUUAAUUCGUCUCGAAAAUCAGAUCCCUUUUUUCGUCUUGGAGUGCCGCUUUGAUCUGACGAGAUUGCCAUGUGAAGAAUCCGGUCCCUCUUUGUCUACUUUGACAAUGAAUUUCUUCAACAAUGCAAUGCAAAGGCAAGAUAGUUUUAUCAACAAGUUUCAUAGUCACAAAGGGAAACACCUACUCGAUUUUCUCAGAUCGAGUUUUAUACCAGCAGGGUACAAGGAGCCAGAGGCAGGUAAUUACACGAACACUCAUGUAAUCCAAUGCAUAUCGAAGCUCAGACGAGCAGGGAUCAAGCUUAAAGUUGGAAACGAAGACAGUUUUUUGGCGAUAAAAUUCAGACAUGGAGUGAUUGAAAUGCCCACAAUUGCCAUGGAUGAUUUUAUGAGUGCAUUUUUGCUGAAUUGUGUGGCAUAUGAACAGUGUCACAAGAGUUGUUCUAAGCACAUGACAACCUAUGCAACUUUCUUGGAUUGCCUAAUAAACACUUAUAAGGAUGUUGCAUAUUUGAGUGAUCAUAACAUCAUUGAGAAUUAUUUUGGGACAGAUGCAGAAAUUGCGAGUUUUGUUAACAAUCUGGGGAAGGAUGUGGCAUUUGAUAUUGAUGUUUGCUACUUGUCUGAAUUGUUCAAUGAAGUAAAUCACUAUUAUAGGAACCAUUGGCAUGUCAACUGGGCAAGUUUUAAGUACACUUAUUUUAGCACACCAUGGUCAUUUAUUUCGGCAUUAGCUGCUUUUAUUCUUUUGAUCAUCACCGUAGCGCAGACAUUUUUCACUAUUAUGGCUUAUGUUCGUCCACCCAAGAAUUAG